AUGGCUGGUAAGAAGAAGCUUGACUUCAGUGAUGGUGGAUCCACCCGUCCACCAUCGGAUGCACCUUCAGCCAUGGAGAGUGCUUUGGCUGACUCGUUGAAGGACAUGAAGGUUUCCAUGGCGCAGCGGAUCCUUGAGCAGCUGGCCUUCAUCGUUGCCUCUCCCCAUGCUUCAAUUUCAGGCCUUUCGGUGCUAGACCUCUUUGAGACUGGAGGUGAGAUGUUGGCUAUUCGGCGUCGUGAGACCAGCAAGAUGAAGGCAGUGAUUUUGGCGGAGAAGAAUGCGAAGACGACCAUUGUGCAAUUUGAGAGCCUGGUAGCCCUGAGGAAGUCGAUCUGCCAGAAGAUCCAUGACCGCUUGAAAAGCAAGUCAGGCCUUGCAACAGACGUUUCAAAGAAGAUGCAGGAGUUCAAAUCGCUUGCUGCCAAGGACAUGAACACUUUCAAUGAGAGGGUGAGCGGCGGUCGUGACAUUGGUGAGUUCUUUGGCAAGAGGAAGAGGGACGAUGAGAAGGAUAAGAAAAAGAAGAAGGAUAAGAAGAAGAAGUCAAGAAAGGAGAAGAAGAGAGAUUCCUCGGAGAGGAAACGAAAGAGGUCACCUUCGCCAAGUGGUUCACUGUCAGGCAAGUCUGAAAGCUCGGCUGAGAGGGAUGACUCUUCGACCUAUCAUAUGUCAGACUUCUUGCCUGGUGGAAAGAGGAUUCCUGGUGGAAAGGCGCAUGAUGACUCGGAUCUGUUCAGUGGUCCUGGUUCGCGUUUUACUCCUGAGAGCUCUAAGACCAACACCCAGAACAGUGUGAGCGAUGAGUUGCUGGAAAUGCUCGGUGAGCCGAUCCACAACAACUUCAAGAGCCAAGACAUCGCCCUCUUUUCGAAAGCGCUUGCUGGCAAUGGCUUUCGUACUCCAGCUGAAUUGUUGCAUGCUGUUUGUGACUUCAAAAAGUCUGAUCCGGAGAAGCCUCCCAGUGCAUUUUUGACCCAGAGCCCAGAGGGAGGCAAGAUCUUCCAGCAAAUGCAAUGGACUGGCAGGAUGAGUGGUGCAGUGUUGUUCCUUUGGGCUCCAGAUCAGGAGCAGAAUGAACAACAACUUCAGUUGAUGGCUUUUCUUAGAAAGUAUGCCUCUGAUCAGGAAUCGUUUUCUCGUUUCCUGCAGAAACUCGACAAGUGUGUGAGAGCUGAAAAGCCCAUCGAGUCCUUGGGUGGCCGCGUUAUCUCCAAAGAGACUCUGACUUUGUGCCUCCAAGAGGUUAGGCCAAUCUGUGAGUUUGCAAUUCGACCAGAUGACCUCGUUGCUGGUGGCCAAAGUGUCUUCAUGCAGUCCUUAGAGAAGUUCACCCGUGGUCCUGAGGACGUGGACCCCAAUAAUAUCCAAUAUGCGAUCGUCUAUGCGCAGGUUGCUGUCAACAUGACCAUGACAUUGGCCAAGGGUGUCCAUCACCUCGCCAUGGAUCAGCGCGAACCCAUGGAUCCUCCGCUGGGAGGGGCACAGCAGCCGCUGCCAUCGCAGCUGCACCCACCACAGCUGCCGCGCCAGCAGCCGACGAAGCACAUCAUCGUCAUGGGCUGUGUCCUGCAGGGACUGGUGACCAUGCUUCUGUCCGUCAUUGACCAGAUGGUGGGGAUGACAUUGCUUCGAGCCUUGAAUGGGGCACUACUUGCCUCGUUGCGGCCAGUGGCAAGUGGGAUCAUUGCUGAUGUGACCUCGGAACAAAGAAGGGGGAAAGUCUAUGGUGUUGUGCAAUUUUGUACGAAUUGCGGACUCAUGGUUGGAGGUUUGGUUGGCACUCCACUCUCCACGCAAGUAGUGCUUGGCUUCCAGGGUUGGCGCGUUGCCUUCAUUGGGAUCGGCUCCCUUUCAGUUCUGGUGGGCAUAUUUGCAGCCUGCACAAUGACAGAGCCGCCCAGGGAAAGGUCUAUGGCACAAGAUAAGGAGCUUCCAUACACCAGGCAAGAGCUGAAGAAGCUGCUAAGCUACUUCCGUAUGCCGACAUUCUGUGCUUUGAUUUUUCAGGGAUGGUUUGGGGGCAUUCCUUGGAAUGCCAUGGGCUAUGCAACCUUGUUUUAUCAAGUUGGAGGAAUUGGAGAUGCCAAAGCUGCAAUUUUGGCAGCGUUGGGUCAGGCAUCUGGUGGCUUUGGUGGCAUUUUGGGAGGCUUGAUCGGAGAUCGCCUUUCGCGCAGCUGUCCACUUCAUGGUCGGCCUCUCACCGCGCAGAUCUCCGUCACGCCUGCGGGCUACAGUCCAGAAGAGCUUGAUGCGUAUGGAAAAUGCUGUGCAGGUGACACUGCAUUCUUCUACUACAUGGGGUUGGAGCAUUCCGAGCAUGCCACGGUGGAUGUAGAGAGCCGACGAGCACUGGGAAAGGCAUUGACACUGACAUGUUUUACCCCAUGGCUCAUUUGCUUGAUUGUUUACUCCUUGCUGCACUGGUCCUACCCAAGGGACAUGAAGCGGGUCAAGCAAGAGAAGCUAAAGGACCGCAAGGAAGCGCGGCUGCAAAGGAAACGCGAAAAAGCUGAGGAGGCAAGAAAAGCCAAUGAGGCCAUCGAAGAAGAGGCGGCUGAGAAACCGGAGGCUGUGGCAACAUCGAACUACACCAUCAUUUGCACGCAUGUAGAUGGAACAAGUGUGUCCAUUUGA